AUGGAAGAGAUCGAUCGGUUUGAACCACCUACACGAUUACUAGACAAACCACUGAGAAUGCGAGUGACUGACUUUUUCAAGGGAGGCAUUGGAAGUAGCGGAGGCGUAUCUGUUGCAGGUCAAAUUGAAGCUGGAUCCGUGCAGAUCGGAGAACAAGUCAUGGUUGUACCAGGAAACGAAACUGGGUAUAUUAAAUCAUUACAAGUUGAUGAUGAGCCUACAACAUGGGCUGUUGCAGGAGAUUCAGUCAUGAUGACCUUGACUCAUCUUGAUAUCCUAAAUUUAAGCAACGGCUGCGUUCUCUGUACGCCAUCAAAUCCUGUCCCCAUUACGAGCUCAUUUGAGGCUCAAAUUGUAGUGUUUGAUGUGCGCGUUCCUCUAACACUUGGAUACCAGGUUGUGCUUCAUCUUGGUAGUUUGAAUGAACCAGCUUCUCUUAUUAAAUUGGUGGAAGUAUUGGAUAAGUCAACAGGAGAAGUCGUCAAGAGGAACCCACGAUGCCUGACAAAAGGAAUGACGGCCAAGGUUCAAAUCAAGCUGUCUCAACGAGCUAUUCCGUUGGAAACAUUCAAGGAUAACAAACAAUUGGGUCGUAUCAUGUUGCGCAAGGGCGGUGAAACUGUAGCAGCAGGCGUAGUUACGGAGAUUUUAUCCUUUGGAUCAUAG